UUUCAAAACCCCACAUUAAAACUCUGCUCCAGAAGUGCUUGCUAGGGCUGUGACGGUUGUCAUGUGGCCGUCGCUUUGGUGAAGUGAGACACGUCACAAACUAUGAAAAGUACAAAGUGCAAUCUCGCCAAGUGCAAUGUCUUCAAGUUCGUGUGAAUGCAAACGGCCAGCAGACUCAGAGUUAGUGCACUAUGAAGGGGAGGUAACUGACAUCAGUGAUAUAACCCCACUGGCUAGGAGGCGAAACAAUGAGACAAGAUAUUUUCUCUUGUGAAAAUAUAUCAAUCUGAACUACCAGUACACCAUCAGAGGUUUUCAGUGUGGCUGGAAACCAACAUAUCCUCCAACCCAUACGAUUGCUUUGGUUGUCCCCCGAUACCUGGAAUCGAUACCACGGUCUGAGAAAUGUCUAUGUUUGAGCGGCGUGUAAGGGGUUAAUGCCUCGUGUAGGGCUGGAACGACGCGUCGACCAAGUCGAUUACGUCGAUUACGUAAUUACGUCGAUUUGCCGGAAGUGCGUCGAUGCGUCGCACUGUUUACAUUUAUCAUUUGAAACGAUGGCGGCGUCAGCUCACAGUGAUACGGUCAAUCCGGCGUUAAACCAAACAGCCAGAACGAGGUCAAAAGUUUGGGAAUUCUUCAAGCAAAGACCGAAUAAAAUGGUGCUCUGCACAUUGUGCAAAAUGGAGAUGGCAUACCACAGCAGCACGACAUCUAUGCACGAACACCUUAAACGAAAGCAUCCUGGCGCUCUCCGACCUCAAAACGACGAGACGGCAGCGAAAAGGCAAAGCUGUGUGUCCGAUUUUUUUCAAAAACGGAAUGCCACUGUAUGCACACCCAUUAUGGCCGCUGGGAUUACUGACAGCAUUCUCAAAAUGAUUGUGAAGGAUAUGAGGCCUCUUUCGAUUGUGGAAGGUCGCGGCUUCCGUGAGAUGGUCAGCACAUUAUGUCCAGGGUACACGCUUCCCAGCAGGCCCCAUUUCACUACAUUAAUGGAAAACAAAUAUGAGAUGACACUUGAGAAAGUGAAAACUUCACUCAAAAAGGUCAAAACAAAAAUCACUCUCACAACAGAUGCAUGGACAAGUAUAGCCACUGAGGCAUACUUGGGUGUCACCUGUCAUUUUAUUAAUGAAAACUGGGAGCUGAUUUCCUAUAACCUGACCACAAUGCCACUCGAAGAACGUCAUACAGCUGAAAAUAUUGCUGGUUGGGUGGAACAAGCAGCAGAGAAAUUUGGUAUAUCCAUGGCUAAAGUGUUGGUUGUUGUACAUGACAUCGCUGCUAAUGUUGUUGCAGCUUUAAGAAUCCUGGAAGAGAGGCACAGGGUUACUUCACUCAGGUGUGCUGGCCAUACACUGCAGCUAAUCGUGAACCAUGCUCUAAAGAAUGCGCAGAUCAACAAGACAGUAAGUGCUGCAAGAUGCCUCGUAGAACAUUUCAAAAACAGCGAGCUGGCCAGCACCAAGCUCAAAGCCAAGCAGCAACAAAUGGGUACUCCUCAGCAUAAUCUAACACAAGAUGUAUCAGUGAGAUGGAAUAGUACAUUUUACAUGAUCAGUCGCUUGCUGGAACAGAGGUGGCCCGUGACAGCAACCCUUUCAGACCCUGAAGUCACACAGCGAGGGAAGCGCUACCUGGAUCUGAAGGGUGAUCAGUGGAGCCUACUUGAAGAACUCGAACAAGCCCUAAAGCCCUUUGAGUGUGCUACAGUCUUCCUAAGUGCACAGGAUUAUGUCACUGUUUCUGCUCUACCUCCACUGGUGAAGGGCCUUCAAAAGUCAGCACAGAACACAUCAUUUGAGACCACAGCUGUCAAGGCUUUUCAAGCUGCUGCGGCAGAAGAGAUUGCUUCUCGAUGGAUGAAAGAGACCACAUUCAGAGAUGAUGCACAUAAUGUAUGUAUUAUUGCUGCUGCUCUUGACCCACGAUUUCGAAAACUUAGGUUUCUGUCGGAAGAAGAGAGCCUUAAAGUGCAAUUCAAAAUUCAAGCUCUUGCACUGCAACAAAAAAAAGUGAGAGAGAGGAAACACAGCAACUUAAUGUGGAACAGGAGGACGCAAAUGCCAUACCCCUCGCUUCAGAGAGAAGGCCAGUGUCUCUGCUGGACACUUUGCUGGGUUUUGAAGAUUCAGAUGAGCCCAGCAACACUGAGGGAGACAAUGAAAAAGGUAAUGAUGAAACUGAAAGUGUAAUGGUGGGGAAUGAGGUACUAAUGUAUUUUAGUGAACCACCUAUCCAAAAGAAUGAAAAUCCUCUCAACUGGUGGAAGGUAAAUGAAGGAAGGUUUCCUACCUUGGCCAUAAUGGCAAAGACAUACUUGUCUAUUCCUGCAACAUCCACCCCAUCCGAACGCCUCUUUUCUGCUGCCGGAAACAUUGUGACCAAGAAAAGAGCAAGUCUGACUGCAGAGCAUGUAGACAUGCUUACAUUCCUCCACCAUCAUUCUAGCUAAACAUUUUUUUACCCAGAACUUCAGAAAAGUUCAAUGUUUAAGUUGAUGUUUAUUCAGGUUUUAUAUAUUUAAUUUUGUGACUUUUUUAUUUUCAGGUAUUAAUAUAUGCCUAUUUUAUUGUGCAAGUUAAAAAAAUGCCCAUUUUGCACAGUUUAUGUGGGGUGAAUUUGUGUUUAACUUGUUAAUGUGAUCUGUUAUAUUUUCCUUGGCACUGCCACUUUAUUUUUAUUUUGGAAAUGUUUGUUUGUUUAAAUAGGAAAAUGCUUAAUGCCGGCAACUUGGCAUUAAUAGCAAAUGUUGUUACCUUUAUUAUUUGUCUAUGAAUUAUAUAAAAUAACCCUUAGAAUAUUUUUGUUUAUGGUGAAUAAUGGCCAUUUUGCACUUUAUGUUGGGCUGAAUUUAUGCUGGAUUGUUUUUAUGUGAUUUCAGUUAUAUUUUUCUUGCACUGCCACUUUAUUUUCCAUGUUGGAAAUUGUUGUUUAAUUUGUUAAAAUGUUUAAUUAAAAUGUUGGCAUUAAUAGCAGAUGUUACAUUUAUUAGUUGUCUGUGAAAAAA